AUGGAUCUUCCUCCUGGUCCAUCUAGAGAGCGAUCUCGAAGUCCUAUAUAUAAUAAAACAAAAAACACUAAAAUAUUAACCGACGAAGAACUCUUAUUGCUUUUGGAAAAUGAUAAAUGGUUGUCAUCGGAGGAUGAUUUUGAUGGCAGUUCUGAUGAUAAUUUUGAGGGCUGUUUGGUUGAUGAUUUCGAUAACAUGGCAGAAGUUGAAGAAGGUAAUUCAAAUAAUGAUUCUCAUUAUAUGUGUGUAGAUAGUAGUACGAUGAAUGAGAUGACUGAUAACUCUAAUAAUAGUCUUAGAAAAGAGCCUAACAAUUAUGAAACUUCCUGGUUAUCUGAUCCCGCAAAUGCAAACUAUAUUCCAUUUACAGCUACACCAGGUUUGAAAUGUGUACCCGAAGGAAACGCACCUAUUGAUUAUUUUAGAUUAUUAGUUACUGAUAGUUUUUUUGAUCUUCUUGUUGAGGAAACAAAUGCAUAUGCACUUGAUAUUUUUUUAAAUCAAACACACGAAAGUGCAAGAAUAAAUAAUUGGGUAGAUACUAACAGAAAAGAAAUGGAAAUUUUUAUUGGCUUAUUGUUUCAUAUGGGAACAAUUAGAUUAAGUAGAUUGGAAGAUUAUUGGAAAACCAGUCGACUUUUCAACAUUCCGUGUUUUCGUGAAUAUAUGAGUCGUAACAGAUUCAUGUUAAUAUUACGAGCAUUGCAUUUCACUCGUAAUCCGAAAGAAGGAGAACCUACUCCUCAUAAUAGGUUAUAUAAAAUCCAGAGUGUUUUGAAUUAUUUUAAUUCAAAAAUGGAAGAAGUUUAUGAACCGUCUAAAAAUUUAUCUAUUGAUGAAUCUAUGAUUUUAUGGCGUGGGCGUUUGGUAUUUCGCCAAUACAUUAAAAACAAACGACACAAAUAUGGCGUAAAAUCAUAUAUGUUGACUGAACCCUGGGGUUUUAUACACAGGGUUAUGGUUUAUUCUGGACAAGGUCAUGAUAUAUCUAAUACUAUGAGUCAUACAGAACUGUUGUUAGAAAAAAAAACAUUUGUCACAGGAACUCUACGAUCAAACCGCAAAAACAACCCUAAAGAUGUUAUUGAUAAAAAAUUGAAAAAAGGAGAGUCUAUAUAUCGGUACACAAAAGAGGGUAUUUGUGUCCUAAAAUGGAAAGACAAGAGAGAUGUUCUGAUGAUUAGUUCUGAAUUUUCUCACUCAAUGUGUGAAGUUAGUUCUAGGACAGAAGUAAAACAGAAACCUAUAAUCGUAAAAAAAUAUAAUGAAAAUAUGUCAGGAAUAGAUCGCCAGGAUCAAAUGGCAUCAUACUACCCCUGUGAAAGGAAAUCCUUGAGAAACGUAAAAAAAAUAUCACUUUACGACUACAGGAUCUCAGUUAUUGAAAGUUUAUUACCUAAAAAAGACAAUAAAACACAGAAAAAUUCUGAGGUGAAAAAAACUGAAGCACAUUUACCCAAAAAAGUUGAAAAAAACGAAAAAAAUAGAUAUUAUAAAAAACGCUGUAAGGUUUGUGCUGAUAAAAAAAUACGAAAAGAAACUAUAUAUUACUGUGAUCAAUGUGAGGAUGAACCAGGGUUAUGCUUGGAACAAUGCUUCAAAGAGUUUCACAAAUAA